AUGGAGGACACAGUCGAGGCCUUCGACCCCUCCACCUUCCCCCCCCGCUGGAGCUCUGCGAGGAGGAUGUCGCGAGCUCGCGCCAACCACAAGCUCAUGGCGCUGCCGGAUCAUGGUUGCAUCCUCGCCCUCGGCGGUCGGACCAGGGAUGGAGUCGACUCCUCCAUCGAGCGCUACGAUCCCCAGCAGGAGGAGUGGACUGAAGUCACCUCCUCCCCAAGGGCAGGCGAGCAGACGUCCCCAGCCGCUCUCCGACUGCCUAAGGCGCUCACCAACUUUGCCUGUGUCCGUCUGGACGCGCUGCAGUUUGACCUGGAGAACGAGCAGAAGUCCGGGGAGACCAAGAUCCUGAGCGAUCAUCGGGCUGCGAGAGCAGAGUGGGAGAUCUUCGCCAAGGCUGUUGAUGUGCCUCUCGAGAUCGCCAAGGAUCAGAUAUCAAGAAGAGACACCUCCUUCGAAAGGGCCAAAUGGGUCAUCCUCCUCCCAACCAGGGACCUAGAGCUCAUCUCUGCUGAACUCAAGGAAGAUUCGCAGCAACUUAGGGGCAACUCAACGUCAUCAUGGCUAGCGAUUCUUAGAAAGCGUAGACAGCACAAGAGGAUCUUCUCGAGCAUUCUCUUCCCUGCCCUUCCUCGAGAGGAUGUGCAACGAACAGUCAAUGGGAAGCACAGGGAAGCCUUGAGCUGA